AAUGAGGCUUCAUUACAAAUAAACUAAUUUAGUUGGCCUGGCGUUGCCUAGCAGCAAACAAACAAAAAAUAUCACCAGGUUUAUUUGGUUUUUGCUGAAUCGACAUCAUUCAGCUGUGAUAUAAGUUAUUAAAUACAGAUUAAAAUUUUAGUUUAACUUUCUGCCAUGGAAAAUGAUAAGGACAAGCACAGCGAUGAGCUCAUGAAUCGAAUUCGGAAUGAGUUGACCGCCAUAAUAUCGCAGGGGGCCACAGACGAUUCUGAAAGGCAGAUUUCGAAUGAACUACUUUUGAGUCCCAACCCACUGCCCAUUUUCGGUACCAUAAAAAAGAGUCGGUUCGCAAAAUCUGGAAAGUCCAAAAGUAAGGGAAAACAGUCAUCAGCCGCCAGUGGGAAAAGUUCCCCUGCGAUUAGCGGAUCAUCUGUUGAUCGCUUGGCGGGAGGAGAUGCCCAAAAAAAGAACACAGAUCCAACUACUACUUCCUCUAGUUUUUCGCUUGAGCAGCCAAGACCUUCUAGUCAGUAUGAGGGUUUGCCUAAGGAUCCUACAUCUCGCGCCGAGUUCAUGGAUUCGCAAGCGGCUAAGAGCCUCGACGACGAUGUCCAGAAAAUGCAGUUGGAGCUGAAGCAAAGUUACGAGCUAUUUCAGGGAAUUGGAGAAAAGUUCGAGUCGGUGAAUUUCUCGGGAUUAAAGAACCGCAUUCGAGACCUGCAUUUAAGCGACUCAAACAACGAGAUGGGUAAAGCAACAACCCAAGAGCUGCAUAAGAUGUUCGAUCAGCGAUAUCUACAAAACCGUCUAGAUAAGCUGACCACGGACGCCACCCAGGGAUUUCGUCGGCAUCCUGGUGAAUUCGGGGACAUCCCCGAAUUAAGUACUUUCUUCCAGGCAUGCACUCAGCUGGAACACGGAUUGGAUGCACUACGUCAGCAGCGACGGCGCAACAGCGAGCUGGAAAAGCGCCUGUGCUGGGCCACUGAGAUUGCCUACGAUCGUAUGGAGGAGAUUCGCAGUUCGGUGGGCUCCGAUCCGGAAAAGAAUUUCUAAUUUACUUUGUUAUAGACAAUAUAUUUAUUUAUUUUAUGGUUUAUCCCAAAA